GGUCCAAGGUCACAAAUGUUGAUUCCAAAUGUAUAUUCCAGUUCCAGAGCUAUUCCAUAUACAGGAAAUAUGCGCACUGUACACAGAUAGCCUUCAUACAUACUGCAUUAUACAAAGCUAGUAUGAGCAGAAUGGUUGUACAGAAUUCCCAGCUCACUGUCAUAACCAAUGAAAGGCUGCAGUGGUCCUCACGUGAUCUAGAAUGCGGAAGCCAACCACUGUUUUGUACUUUGUACACAACAUUCCACGUGUUUUGCUACUGUCCUUUUGAACUGGACUGUCUCUUUUUAUAUUAGAAAAUGGCAAUGUCAGCGCUCGUCCACGUUCUCAUACCCUUCCUGCUUUGCAUUGCGCUUGCAAACACUCACAUUUUCGACAAAGUUUUGGUGGAUGUCGCGUAUGAUCACUAUGCGGAAAAGAGAGUCGACAACCUUCCUGCAUUCUGGCAAUGCCCGUUUAACUGUCUGAUAAACUUGGGAUACAUAUUAUUAGGUAUCUACUGGAUCUUGCAACCGAUGUCAGACAAUAGAGACACCUGUGCAGCCGUCUACACCAAAGACGUGUUUGCGCUAAUGGCAGUGACAUAUGGACCGGUGCAGUGGGUCCGCUUGGCCACCUUGCAGCACGCGCCCUCUGUUUUGGACCAGUGGUUCACUUUACAUAUUUUUUCGUGGGUGCUGGUGUGGUGUCAUGUCGUUGACAAAGGAUGGUCGUCCCCUUACGCCUUGAUGGUGGAAUCGUGCUCUGUCCUCAGCUAUGGACUGGCGCUCUUUCACGACCGAGGGUUUGAAGUAGCCCUGGGUUGUCACAUCGCCUUCGCUGUGUUCAAAGGCGUCCGAGCGCAGGUGAACCUCGGAGACACUGCGUCCAUGCGCUACCUCUGCUUGGCCCUGCUGUCCUGCGCUGGUUUCGUGGUUCUCAAGCUUCUGGAUCAUUCUCUUGCAGAGUACUGGGUGUUUCAAAAUCUCACUGGACAUUUCUGGUCCAAAGUUUGCGACAUUCUGCAGUUUCAUUACAGCUUUUGUUUUCUCACCCGCCUUAGUGAAAAUGCACACAACGCUCUCAUAAAUGCACGUACAUUUAUUCAGCUGAGUAAUAAGGCAAUGAACAUGACAUGUACGAACCCUAAUUUAGUCUUGUCUUCAACAGUAAUAUUAUGUCACAGACAUGUACAAAUUCUAAUGAUUAAUGUGAUCAAAGAUUUGUAAAAUCACAAACUAAUUUGAUGCUCUUCUUUGUUCAGUUUUAUGUUCAAAACAGUGUCAGAAAAUAACUUUGUAAUUAAUAGAGUUUUAAGGAAAACUGUCAAAUAUGUGAAAUACUAAUUUGGGGACAGAAAGACAAGAAUUGCAAUAUUAUAUGCAAUAAUACAUUUCAAAAGGCUAUAUGAUCUCAUUGAAUAAACUUGAGCGCUGCAUGUUU